AUGAACUCACACAGAACUUGGCAUCUAGACGGUAAACCCGAUGAUAAAAGUUUUUCAUUAGCAUCAGGAAUGAGCAAGACACGGUUGGCAAUUGUCCUGGCGCUGGCUGUUGGAAUUGGAUUUAUGAUUGGCAUUCUCAUAGGAACAUAUGCAAUCUGUGAUGAGGUCACCAGAGAUGGACUGUACCUGCCCGGCGCACCUGAUAAUCUGGUCAGUGAGGCUGACCCAAGUAUUUCUAAGAAGAUUAUGGAUGCUAUAGAUCCUGCCAGAAUCGAAGCUAACUUGCGAAUUCUGUCGGAGUUUCCACACAUAGCUGGGAGCCAGAGAGACUUUGAUCUCGUCAAACUUUUAAAGGACAAUUUUGAAGAAAGUGGACUGCAGGUACAAAUAACACCCUACGAUGUACUACUGUCGUAUCCCAGCGAAGGAUCUCCCAAUACAGUUCGUCUACUGGAUGGCAACAACACCGUUGUCUACGAUGCCAAAGAUGACGAAAGUAACUUUUCCAGCUAUCGGGAUGUGGUGCCACCCUUUAAUGCAUACUCGCCUAGCCGCGCAGUCGAGGGACAGCUGGUGUUCGCGGGGUACGGACGUGUGGAAGACUACGAGUGGCUGUUAACGAUAGGUGUUAAUGUCUCAGGGCAUCUGGUCAUUGUCAAGUAUGGGCACAUUUUCAGAGGCGAUAAGGUGGACAUCGCCGCAAGAUAUGGGGCAACGGGUAUUAUUAUCUAUUCAGACCCGGCAGACUGUACCGGACAGAACAUGGGUGACAACAGAGUCUACCCAGAGACCUGGUGGUUGCCACCCACGGGAGCCCAGCGAGGGACUAUUUUCUCUGGGGAUGGGGACCCAAUAACACCCGGCUACCCAGCCAAUGAUCUUGCCUACCGUUAUAGUGAGGAAACAGUAGAGCCGCCCAUGCCUCAGAUACCUUGUCAUCCUAUCGGAUAUGGAGCAGCAAUUAAAAUUCUCCA